UCACGGUCACGGCUGGCGCCUGCUCUGCAGCAGCCCGGGCACCCUAAGAAGAAACAGGACGAAACAGGCCUCGACACUGCUUCAUCAGCCUCGGCCAUGGACCGCAAAGUGGCCCGAGAGUUCCGGCACAAGGUGGAUUUUCUGAUUGAAAAUGAUGCAGAGAAGGACUAUCUCUAUGAUGUGUUACGGAUGUACCACCAGACCAUGGACGUCACAGUGCUUGUGGGGGAUCUAAAGCUGGUCAUCAAUGAGCCCAACCGCCUGCCAUUGUUUGAUGCCAUCCGACCCUUGAUUCCGCUGAAGCACCAGGUGGAAUAUGACCAACUGACCCCUCGGCGCUCCAGGAAGUUAAAGGAAGUACGUCUGGAUCGACUGCACCCCGAAGGCCUUGGCCUCAGCGUGCGUGGUGGCCUUGAGUUUGGCUGUGGGCUCUUCAUCUCCCACCUCAUCAAAGGCGGUCAAGCAGACAGUGUUGGACUUCAGUUAGGGGAUGAAAUCGUCCGGAUCAAUGGAUAUUCCAUCUCCUCCUGCACACACGAAGAAGUCAUCAACCUCAUACGCACCAAGAAGACUGUGUCCAUCAAAGUGAGACACAUUGGCCUGAUACCUGUGAAGAGCUCUCCUGAUGAGCCCCUCAAAUGGCAGUAUGUGGAUCAGUUUGUGUCCGAAUCUGGGGGUGGACGUGGCAGUCUAGGCUCCCCUGGGAGUCGAACAAGCAAAGAGAAGAAGGUCUUCAUCAGCCUGGUGGGUUCCCGAGGCCUUGGCUGCAGCAUUUCCAGUGGCCCUAUUCAGAAGCCUGGCAUCUUCAUCAGCCAUGUGAAGCCUGGAUCUUUGUCUGCGGAAGUAGGGCUGGAGACAGGAGAUCAGAUUGUCGAAGUCAAUGGCAUCGACUUCUCCAACCUGGACCACAAGGAGGCUGUGAAUGUGCUGAAGAGUAGCCGCAGCCUGACCAUCUCCAUUGUAGCUGGUGCUGGCCGGGAGCUGUUCAUGACGGAUCGGGAGCGGUUGGAGGAGGUGCGGCAGAGGGAGCUGCAGCGUCAGGAGCUCCUGAUGCAGAAGCGGCUGGCCAUGGAGUCCAGCAAGAUUCUCCAAGAGCAGCAGGAGAUGGAGCGGCAAAGGAGAAAGGAAAUCGCCCAGAAGGCAGCCGAAGAAAAUGAGAGAUACCGGAAGGAGAUGGAACAGAUUGUGGAAGAGGAAGAAAAGUUUAAGAAGCAGUGGGAAGAAGACUGGGGCUCGAAGGAACCACUCAUCUUGCCUAAAACCAUCACUGCUGAGGUGCACCCAGUACCCCUUCGCAAGCCAAAGUUAGAUAAUCAGGGAAUGGAAGCUGAGCUCAAGCCUACGGAUGACCUGGAUGGAGGCACGGAGGAGCAGGGACAGCAGAAAGGAAAAGAUAAGAAGAAAGCCAAGUAUGACAGCCUACAGGAGUUGAGAAAGAAUAAAAAGGAAUUGGAGUUUGAACAAAAGCUUUACAAAGAGAAAGAGGAAAUGCUGGAGAAGGAAAAGCAACUAAAGAUCAACCGGCUGGCUCAGGAGGUGUCUGAGACUGAGCGAGAAGACCUUGAGGAAUCGGAAAAGAUUCAGUACUGGGUGGAAAGGCUCUGUCAGACUCGCCUGGAGCAGAUUUCCUCUGCUGAUAAUGAGAUUUCAGAGAUGACCACAGGGCCCCCGCCUCCCCCACCUUCUGUGUCUCCUCUGGCCCCGCCCUUGAGACGCUUUGCAGGCGGACUACACCUCCAUACCACGGACCUGGAUGACAUCCCUUUGGAUAUGUUCUACUACCCCCCAAAGACCCCCUCUGCUUUGCCUGUGAUGCCCCACCCCCCACCCUCCAACCCACCUUCCAAGGUCCCCGCGCCCCCGGUGCUUCCAUCAGGCCACACAAGCACCUCAUCUUCACCCUGGGUGCAGCGCACCCCACCCCCCAUCCCCAUCCCUCCCCCUCCUUCCAUUCCCACCCAAGACCUCACUCCUACCCGCCCACUGCCCUCGGCUCUAGAAGAGGCACUGGGCAGCCUCUCCUUCCGCAUUGGUGACCCAGGCAAUGCGGUGGAGGAGUGGGAGGCAAAGACCCAAAGUGGGAAGCCCUCCAGCUCUCCUGCCCCUGAAAGGAGCUUCCCGCCUACCCCAAAGACAUUUUGCCCAAGCCCACAGCCUCCAAGAGGCCCUGGUGUGUCAACCAUCUCCAAGCCUGUCAUGGUCCACCAGGAGUCCAACUUUAUCUACAGGCCAGCUGUGAAAUCUGAGGUCCUGGAUUUCCGGAAAUAUGAGGAAGGCUUUGACCCCUACUCCAUGUUCUCCCCAGAGCAGAUCAUAGGGAAGGACGUCCGGCUUCUACGCAUCAAGAAGGAGGGAUCUUUAGACCUGGCCCUGGAAGGUGGUGUGGACUCCCCAAUUGGGAAGGUGGUCGUCUCUGCUGUUUACGAAGGAGGUGCUGCUGAGCGGCAUGGUGGCAUUGUGAAAGGAGAUGAGAUCAUGGCCAUCAAUGGCAAGAUUGUGACAGAUUACACCUUGGCAGAAGCCGAGGCUGCCCUACAGAAGGCCUGGAAUAAGGGUGGGGACUGGAUCGACCUUGUGGUUGCAGUCUGCCCCCCCAAGGAGUACGACGAUGAGCUCUCUUCUCUUCCCUCUUCUGCAGCCGAAAGUCCCCAGCCGGUCCGAAAGCUCCUUGAAGACCGUGCUCUCGUGUACAGACAAGGGUUCCUCCUGCAGCUGGAGCCCACGGUGAAUAGGCAGGUGGCCGAAGGGCCCUGUCUGCCAGUGCUGCAUGCAGUGGCCAUGAGCUGCCAGUGCUGUUGCAGGUUCUUUGGACUGGUAUUUGGAGGAGGACACAAGGCACCCUGAAGCGCCUCCUGAGAUGUCCUGCCAGCCCCUCUGGAAUGCUGUGGGACUCAAGGGAAUGUGAACAGCCCAAGUUAGAACCUCUGGCUUGGGUCCCAGGGGUUCUGACAGAUGAUAGCCCUUGGGAUCCACCUUGGGUCACACACAGCACCCAAAUGAACGGCAGGACUCUGAGCAUAGUUCUCUGUGGACACUGACAGUACCAGGAGCUGGGCAUGCUGGUCUGGGAAAGCCACAGGAAAUCCAGCCUGAUUCUCCUCCAGAGGUGCUACCCUGCCCAUAAGUGUUGCCCAUGCUUGGGCAUAGCCAGGGCCAUGCACAGGUCCUGAAGGCUAGUCCAAAGAACCAGGGUUGGUGGAUUCCAUUGGCUCCUGUCCUGUUGUGCCCUGUCCUGACCUGAUACUUGCUCAGCCCACACUAUCUUCUGCCUUCUCCUUCCCUGGACCCAUGCUCUAUCUUGGGACUCACUGUGGAGGCCAGCUUUGGUGUGUUGCCCACCUUUGUGCCCCAUGAUUGUGAAACUGGGAUUGGAUGUGGCAGCCUCUGUGACAGACCCCCCCACCCCAUCUUGGACUUGUAGGCUUCUCUGUUGUGAGUUUCCCAAAACAUUAGGGCCUCAUAUCCCCAAGAUAGUGAACCUGUUAUGUCGUGGCUUCUGGGGUCACCUAAGUGGCCCUAUGAUUUUGUUACUUGUUCUUGGCAAGGGACCCUCUUCCCUAUCACUCUUUUCCCUGGUCCUCUGCAUCUCCAUCCACCAGAAGGUGUCCCUUCUGCUGUCUCCCUGGCCUCUUGUGUGCUGUGGCUGUGGCUGGUGUGGAGCCUCUCAGGGCCACACAAUGAGGGGACUCUGGAGGUUGGCAGGGCUUUGGGCUGCCAGGGUGGGAGUCCCAUCAGUGGGACCUCACCCUAGGGUAAACAUCACCCACAAAGUCCGCACCUACCUGGUCUGUUUUCUCUUC